UACCGAUCUAAGGAAGUUGGUAGAUUGGUUUGGACAUUGGACAUCGAGGUAACAUAACACCUAGAGUACGCAUCUAAACUAUCGAAGAUGAGCGAUGACUGGCCGAUUUCCCAGCCAUUCGAAUACGCAAACGAAGAAGAGGCGGAAUGGCAGCUCCACGACAGACCAGGGCAGACGCAUCGCGAAGACCUCAUCGGCUGGGAAGCUAAGGAUUGCUCGGGGGUGAAGGGCCGUCUUGUCGAGGUCGUCCACGGCUACAAGGACAAAGACAAGCGCAAGCCGCGCACCUUGGUGGUUUUCGAGUGGCGCCUCGUGCCCGGGGCGGGCGAUAACCGCAUCAAGAACGUCAAGAUCAUAGUUGACUUCCGAGCCAUCGGCCUUAGGGACGGCGUCCGGCCGGGCAACAGCGUCGCCGACUACGAUCCAGUCCCAAUCCAGUGGGCACCAGACAAGACAAUCCUCAGCCACUUCUCCCAGGCGCCCGUGACCGAAGCCGUCAACACCGAGUACGGCGGGCAGGCCGGCUACAACCCCUAUCUCGCCCUGACGGGCAAGCGGAAUACAGGCUCGUCGCAGACGGUCGAGCGCAUCAACUACCGUUACAUCACGGGCGGGCCCACGUACGUGGGCAAAAACUCAGGAACCCGCAACGCCAUGAAGUGGGAGCUCUCCGAGAACGCGCAGCUCAAGAGUGGAGUACAGUACGAGGCGCGCACGGCAGUGCUCCUGCGGCGCCAGCCUUUGGACUUUGGCAAGUUCAACGUGACCACUGUGGCCGAGGCCAACCAUUCCCUCACCGCCCGGCUGCUGCGCGCGCUGCCCAUCCGACCAAAGGAUGGGCCGGCCGCCUUUGACCCGACGGUGCUCCCCGGGUCAAGCAAAGGGGAGGCUGGUGACGACGACGUAGCGGCGCGGGCGACGACGCGCGACUGGCAGAACCUCGACAAGCUCAACCUGGAAGAUGUGCUGAUCAAGGAUUGGGGCGUUAGCUCGGCCGAGGAGCUGGCGAAGAAGGCAGCACAGGUGCCUGGUGAAGGCGCCGCUGCGUCUGAGGCUUGAUGAGGAAUGUUAUGUGAUGACGGGCGGCAGCUGGUAGCGGAUGUGCCUUAUGUGUUUCACUUCUGGGUCUACUCUGGAUGCCUGAUGUUUCGCGCGCAGUGAUGACCUUUCGGGGUCGGUGGCAAGUAUUGAGACAUGAGUUGAUUAAUUGAGAAUACGAGAAAUAUGUGCUAUACAU